GCAGCAAGUCUUUCUUUUUUUAUUACAUAAAUCAGUAAAGAUGAAUCACUCUGUUCACUCACAAUUUUCCAAUCUUGAGUCUCAAAUUCUGAGUUAAAAUGUCUGCUGGACGCCACAGAUCUGAUGAAGGCCCUAAGGUUAUUAAACUCAAGAUUAUGAUUGACAAGAACAGAAACCGAGUAAUCUUUGCAGAGUCGGACCAUGAAUUCAUCGACGCACUCUUCUCAUUCUUGACACUCCCGUUAGGUACAGUUCUAAGACUUCUUGAAAAAGAUAUGGUUCAAUUGGGAUCAAUUAGCCGUGUUUAUGCCAGUGUUUAUUCGCUUGAGCCAAGGUUCUUGCGUACAAGCUACUGCAAAUCCAUGUUGAUCAUGCCACGGAAUGCAUCAGAAGUUCAGUGUGAAAAGUUGAAGCUCAAUGUUGAUUAUUCGGAGAAUGCAGGGAAGUUGUUUGUCUGUAAUAGCUAUAGCCCUAGGUGUAAAAACAUAUUCAGUAUCUCGCAGAAUACACAGUGCUUCCGCUGUAAUAGAUUGACACAAUUUGAUAGAAAAAUUAAUGAGAAGGAAGAGAAGAGAAGUUGUCGGGGAGAAAGCGUGGUUGAAGUCUUUCUAAAGGGUGGGGCAGCAAGCUUUAUGAUUACAGAUGAUUUGCAGGUAAUGCCAGCCUCAACUGCUCGUUUAACUUCUUUGUUCGGAAAGCUCGGAGUCAGUGACAAGAGUGAAAUUGAGGCAAAGACUGUAGAAGUUGGUACUGAUGAGGUGUUGCAGCUGCUGAAGUUCUCAUUGCUCUCGAAGACGGCUUUGACAAAUAUGGUACUGAAUAGCCAGGGAAGUUGGUUGAAAGAUAUAUCGAAGUACGAAGAUAACCAAACUGCAAAGUUAGACAAGAAGACCAUGUCUCAAAACACAAAUAGUAUGAGCCUGAAGCUUAUAGUCAGCAAAAGUAAGAAGAAGGUUUUGUAUGCAGAAGCCGGGGUCAAGCUUGUAGACUUCCUUUUCAGUUUCCUUGUAUUCCCUUUAGGGGCUGUAGUAAAGCAUCUAGGUGGUAACUCAAGACUUGGAUGUAUAGAUAAUUUGUAUAAGGGUGCUGUUGAGUUGAGUUCGGAAAAUUAUAUCAAAUCAGAAGAGUGCAAAAAUAUGUUACUCUCUCCGAAACUGUUUCCACACUCUGGUUUUGACAGUCAUAUUCUCGAGGUGGAAGAGGAGUACCCGAAAUACAGAUAUGAUGACUCAGGAUGUAUAGAAUUAGCAAGGAACACCAAUAAAUCCGAGGGAUCAUCGAUAGUAAAUGAGGAAGAAGCAAGCGAUUUAGCCAUCAAUAUUUUGGAUCCAAAGUCUCCAACAGGAGAAACUAUAAAGGGUGAAGGGUACUUGAAAGGACCCGCAACGUUUAUGAUAAUGGAUAAUCUUCUAGUGACUCCGUUUUCCCCUACCGCAAUUAUAACUCAGCUUAAUCAAAUGAAGGUGUCAACCAGUGAUGUCGAGGAACGCACUGUAACUGUUGGGAAGGACGAGGCCCUGAAUUUGCUGAAAGCGUCUUUAAUCUCAAAAACAGUUCUAAAUGAUGUUUUCAAUAUUAGGGAACCUUAUCCUAAGGUUAUGCUUAAAGUAUGAACUUUCAACAUGACGGAGACGUGAACAUCAUGGUGUGAUUAUAUUAUAUAUAUGUAUUUGCCAUAUACGGUAUGUGUGUGAUUGAUUAUAUCGUACUGUAUUAUAUUGAUUGUAUAUUCUCAUACCUAGCCACCACAUUUCUUGACACCAAGUGGAUUAUGUAUGAAAUUUUAUUGUCUUAUACAAACAACGUAACUCUUCAAUGUCAUGAAAUUAUAUUUCGCGUGUUAUUUCCA